UUUUUUUUUUUUUUUGAACUGCCGUUCGAGACAGAAAAAAAAAAGCCCCGGAGGUAUCAGCUUCCAAUGUAAUUUAGAUAAUAGAGCCCCGCCUCCAACUUUAAAUGCUGGAGCACUGUGCACUUCACUGCAGACUUUACUUCAACUUAACCUCUUAACCAAAGGUCACGUAGGGGCAAUCGUAAAAACGUUCUCGUGGAAAAAAAAAAAAGAGUCAGCAUUCACUCUUUCGCCGCCUUAGACAGGCCGGGUAUUUGUACCAACGGCGACUGAUUUAUGGAGUAAUAUUUCAUCUAUUUAGGUCAGACUGGGAGAUGGGUGAUGGGUUUCGAGCUAGAGGAGCCGAGGAGUUAAAUCACAGACAAAGAACAGAAGAAAAGGACGAAAAGUCGAGCCAAUGUUUUUGUCUCUAGCGGUUCGACGCUAAGCUCCAAUAUAAAUAGGGGUUUAUUUAAAAAAAAAAAAAAAAACAGUGUUAUUUCUCUGUCGAUGGAGACCAGUAAUAAAAAAUAGUCUCAAAGAGUUUAUAACUGCAGUUAUCAGUUUGAGCACUUCUUCAGUCAAACUCAGAUAAUUUUGUAAAUUAACAUAUUUAUUUAGGGAAGAACAAACAAUAAAACAUUCCAUCAUCUGUUACUUCGGUCAGUAGAUCUUGAAACUCAUUAUAGAACCUUUUUUGGCACAAGGCAGAAUUUUUUUUUUUUUAUAUAUAUUUUAUACUUUGCUCAUCAACCGGUUAUUAUUACUACAAAUUAAGUGUUUAAAUGAGAAUAUAGGGUGUGAUUUUUAAAAAGUGAAGUUGAAAAUCUUCUGAAAAUUCUUCAUAAAAUGAAUAGACAACUGACUAGGUUGUUGUUGUUGUUUUCUAAAAUAAAAAAAAAAAUAAAAAAAAUAAAAUUCAAAAAUAAAAGCCAAAUCUUAAGGUUAGACAAAAAACAAAAAAAACCAAAAACUUUGAAUUAGCUAGUGUAAUUUUUCCCAAAACGACAGCUUUUUUUAUCUCUAGGUUUUCACAAAGAUAACCAAAAAAAAAAAACUUUAAAGUUCAGAUAAGUAAUGAAUACGUCACCCAAGACUUGCACUUAAAAAACCCCGAAUAAACAAUAAAACUACAGGCGUUGGGCUGCUCUGGCUGUGGUUCAAAGCAGGGCUUUUUUUUUUUUUUUUUUUUUUGCUUUCAGUGUGCAUUUUGUGCUGUUGUGAAAUGUGUUUAUAUGUUGAUGAUUCCAUGUUUGUGCUGUCUUCAUGCUGUGUGGGCCUGUAUGCUGGGUUUUGUGGGGUUUCUCUCCCUAGCUUUCCUUGUGGGUAUGCUUUAGGGUGUUGACUCAAUGUCUAUGUUGUAAUUCCCUUGUCACCUUCUUCUUUUUUCCCCCCCCUCUUUCUCUCUGGGCCCUCCCCUCCUCCACUCCUCCUCCCCCCCACUCCUCACCACCUCACCAUCCUAACGCUGCACAUCUCACGCCCUUGUGCUGGAACUUUGGCCUUGCUCUUUCUCUCCUCCAUUUCUCAGCUCUCCCCUUCCACACACCCACCUUUCUCCACUCCCCCUAUGUCCUCGCCUGCUAAUGGACCCUCUUCCCCUAAGUUCGGCCGGGACCCCCUGUCGUACUGUUUGAAGGAGCUCAAUAAGACAGUCAAACCCAGAAUCUCUUCCUUCCGGACACUCAGAAGAUCGAAGUUUACUCCAGACAGGAUUAUGCCCACAGUGACGGAGGACUUUGGACAUCUUCCUCCAGAGCAGCGCAGGAAGAGGUUACAGCAGAAGCUGGACGAUAUUUGCAAGGAACUGCAGAAGGAAGUAGACCAGAGCGAGGCCCUCGGAAAAAUGAAAGAUGUUUACGAGAAAAACCCCCAGAUGGGAGAUCCCGCGAGUCUGGCCUCUCAAAUCAGCCACACAUCCCAGAACAUAGAGCGACUGAGGCGAGAUCUCGGCAAGUAUGAGACGUGGUUGGCCGAGGCAGGCGGCCGCGGUGAAACGUUGCGUUACAAAACACACAUGUUCAACAACAAUGGCGCUCAUGACGUGUCAAGCCCUGACGGCGCUCACUCCGACGAAAGCUCUCCUGACGCCUCGCAAGCCAUCUACGCAGAGUUUGACGAUGACUUCGAAGACGAUGAAAUAGCUGUUAGUAUUGGCAACUGCACAGCCAUGUACAACUUUCCUGGGGCCAGCGAAGGCACCAUCUCAAUGCAGGAAGGCGAGGUUCUGGCCGUGGUGGAGGAGGACAAAGGCGACGGCUGGACCCGCGUCCGCAGGAACAACGGGGAGGAAGGCUACAUCCCCACGUCUUAUGUCACCAUCUCCCUGAACAAAUGACUGAAGAUAGUGACAAAGACGAGGAACGGCGGAGAAGGAGAAGGGCCGUUUGCUAAACUGAACGCAUUUCUUACCAUGGAGGCAUAACAAACAGACAGUGAUGCCAACAGAAACAGACGGAGGGGACAACUGGAGUGUCCGAGGGAAGGGCUUUGACCUGAGGUGUCCUUAAUGAGCAGACAGGGGCUCUGACAGUUUUUUUUUUUUUUUUCACAGUUCACAUUAUUUUAUGAAAAGAUUUAUAUAUAUAUAUAUAUUUGCAUGUAUGUGUUUCAACCACAUACAAUUGGUCUAUAGAAAAAAAAUGACCAUCAAACCUCUCUCUUCAUCGGGGGUCACCACAGCAGGUCACAAAGUGAUUUCCUCCUAUAUAUUUUUUUUUUUUUACACUAGAUUUUCUUCUUAUCGUUUUAUUGGGUAAAGCAUUAGGUUGGUACCGUACCGGAAAGCAGCUGGAACUGAAUCUAACUUUUUUUUUUCUGAAAGUCCCUUAUUUAAAGUCUCCCAGAACAGAAGCAGUUUGGAGUGCAUUACCACUCCUGGCCAGCAGGGCUACCUCUAAUCAAAGGCUUUGAAAAUGGAACUGGAAGGGUUGGCUGGUUGACUAGCUUAGUAUAAUGCAAACAUCCUUCUUGGAACCAUUAAGAAAAACGUCCAACAUGUCUUUAGAGAGUGGUCGGAAAAGUCCACAAUUUAUGGGGGGAAAAAACGGUUUGGUUUGUCAUUCAGAAUAUUUUAAAGUUCUUCAACCAAUCAUGAACGUAAGCCGCAUCAUGAACAUUACAAAAGUCAUAGAACUCUUGUCUUUUCAACCCAUUUUUUCCAGGAGCAGACGUACACAUAAAUCCCAGUUCCUGUUUUAUUCCGCCAGUGGUUCCUCAACAAUUAAUGCUUCAAAAUUCCACGGAACUUUUUUCGGAGUGAUAUUUUCAAAGAAAACUAAAAUUACAAAUCUUUGAUCCCCCUCCCAUUAUAGCACUAUUAAAAACGUUGUAAAAAUUAAAUUCAGUUUUUCGCUUUCAAAGUCAAUGUUUUAAGCAAACAAAGCAUUUUUUUUUCUCUCUCGUAAGAAUAAAUCUGAUCCAUUAGAAUUUUAGUUAAAAACCGGUUCGACUGAAUCAGUGCCUCGGAGAGUAAUCCCCAGAGGCAGCGCUAGAUCGUAUGUUUUCUUGAAAAAAAAUACCAAAACUAUUUCUGCAGGUCUACCAUUUGAGUUCAAGCUCCUCUGGAAGUGCUCUCUGUCACAGCCUGCUUCUUUUUUUUUUAUUAUUUAGCUGUAAAACUUUUAGCUUGAUUAAAAGAAACCAUGUUGACGUUUCCUCUGACUUUUUUUAAAUGAUUAAAACAACGCCUCAGCUCAGAGCUGGACAAGAAAAAAACCCCAAAACAAAACGCUCGAGAGACGCGUGUAAAAAUACUCUUGUGAAUAAAAUUGGACAUUUUAAAAAUAUAAAUUAUUAUUGAAAUUAUUAAAACCAGCUGUACAACUACGUGUGUGAGUCGGAUAAUCCUAAAAGUGUGUUCUGCAGCAGAAUGUAUAGUUUGAUAACUUUGGAAAAUCUAGUGAUUUUAACGUUAAAAAAAUUGAGUUUUAACCUGAGUUGACAUUCCCUUAGUGAAGUAGUUCUCAAAUAGUGGGGCGGGCCCCCAUGGGGGGGGCGGGUGGUGAGGUGCCGGGACAUGAGGGGGCUGCAAUGGAAUAUGGCACGCUGGACAUAAGUGUACCUACUGCUGUAAUUCUUGAACGAUAACAAGCCUCCAGUCACUAGGGGGCAGCACCUCAUACAGUGGUUUGUACAGAUAAAAAUAUACAUAUUAUCAGGGUCUUAAUAGUAUUUAAAUUUGCUGGGUUGUGCGCGUUGGAUGGGCAGCAGUAAGGGGGAUGGGGGAUGGGGGGGGCGUGAAAACAUUGCUGUCCCCAAGGGGGUGCAUGACAGAAAUUCAAUUUAGAACCACUGCCUUGGUGCCACCGUCUGCCUUUUUGUAUCGCCAGCAACUAUUUCUACCAAACGUACCAAACCCAAAAAUGAUGCAGUAUACAAAAGUCGAGGACAAUCGUAAAAUUUUUCUCAUGCAGACGAACAGAACCUCCAUGCACAAAACUUGUUACAACGACUCGGGGGAUUUCAUAAAUACAGUACUUGAUGGUCAUUUUGUAAAUGCGCAUCUUCAAAAAUCAGGAAUAGAAGACAUGUGACACUGUUUUGUACGAAUGAGAACCAUGAUAAAUAUUUCUUAUAUGUCCUCCAUAAAUAUAUUAAUGGCCACAAAAACCUGAUCUGACGCCCCCUACCCUUAUGUUGUCCUUACGUGACCUACAAUUCUCCCGGGGACGUUUCAGGUCACGGUUAAUCCAGUGAAACUUUCCAACAGACUUUCAGUUUUUUUUCCAGAGUUCCUUACAAAACAUGCAGUGCUAUUUAUAGGCCAUUUCCAGGAACGAUCCUUUAUUAGCAUCACAGCUAUUUUAUUCCUGGUCUUUUAUAGACAAAUACAACCGUCUUUAGUCAAAUUCUUCUUGUCUUUUUUCUUUUUCUUUUUUUCUUUUUUUUUUUCCUGCUUUAUUCUAGCAAGAAGCAAUCGAUUCCCAGCUAUAUCUUAAAUUUCAGUCCAAACCAGAAACAGUGAUCGUACACAAUAGCGGUUGCAACCUGAACUUAUCCAAAUCUUAUUUAUUACAAAUGCGCUCCGGAUAACACUUUACGUUCGGAUGGAAAUUGUACUUUGUACUUGAGGAUGUUCUCACAUUUUUUUUCUCCUUGCACAACGUGGGCAGUUUGACACCACAGACGGCAGUGAACACAAACUGUGGUACGCAAAGACUAAUGUAUUUAAUAUGUAUAUAAAUGAUAUAUAUAUAUAUUAGCACUCAUAUCACCACUAUUGCCUAUUCCGCUUUUUUAACCAUUUCACGACAGUCUCGUUCAGUUUCUAGCGUAUUCUCGUAAAUGUUUCGGUUUCACUCCAACCGUGUCAAACAGACCCAGGUCUCUUUUGUUUUGUCACAUGGUUUGAGACAACAGGAAGCAGUCACGGCAUUGGUGCCUUUUAUGUUCAGCUCAUUGUGUAUGUACAUUUUUGCAUUUAGAAUAUUUCUUCUUUUUUUUUCUUCUUCUCAGAAUGCAAUAAAUAAAGCGCAUUUAAAAUUGA